UGCUCUCUAUUUAGGAAAGGAACUAAACUAACAUGUCUUCCUAAAUAUAUAUAAGAAACACACUUAGCUUCUUUCUUGCUCCAUUUAGAUACUAUUCAAUGUCUAGGAGCAGUUCCAGAUGGACGCUUUCAGGGAUGACUGCUCUUGUCACCGGAGGCACUCGUGGAAUAGGGCAUGCUGUUGUGGAGGAACUAGCGGAGCUGGGUGCAACAGUCUACACAUGCUCACGUAAUGAAGAAGCGCUUAACAAAUGCUUGCAAGAGUGGUCUGUCAAAGGCUUUAAAGUGAAUGGUUGUGUAUGUGAUGUAUCUUCAAGGCUCCAAAGAGUGAAGCUCAUCCAAAAUGUCUCCUCAGCUUUCCAUGGAAAGUUGAACAUUCUUAAUCAAUUAUGUAAUUUUUGGGAAUGGGAGGAUGAAAAAUCCCCCCAAGAGCUAUGGAUAUCAUCAGCAAUCAAAAACAAAAAUUAGAUGUUUGUGAUAUUGAGAGAAAUUAUUUGACGAAGAAGAUAGCUGAUUUUGAAGUUAGUGCUGCAAAUAAUGGUGCAACUAUAGUAGAGUCGAGUAAAAAAAUGAAUAUUCUUAAAUGUGAAAAGAAUAUGUUGAUCGAGAAGGUGGCUAAUUUCAAAGUUUGUAUUGCGAUGGAUGUUCUAUCAAUAGAACGGUUGAGAAAAAAUGUGUUGCGACAAAGAUUGAUCAUCUUGUGCUUGUUUGAUUUGCUUGUUGCUCUAAUGACAUAUGUUAUUACGCAACCUUAACUUUUAAUUUGGCAUAUAUAUGAAUGUAGUAUCAUGUAAUGUUAAUUUUGUCUAUAGUUUAGUGCCUAUGUUAUUUAGGUACUUUGACAACCAUUGAAAGCUAGCUUAUGUUAUUUAGGUACUUAGUCAAGUAAUUUUUAAUGUAAUAUUGUUGCUUAUUUUUAUCUCGGUACAUUGUACAUUGUUAACCACUGAAAGUUAAUUUUAAUAUAAUUUUGUUGUUUUAGUACUUUGUCAA